GUUUCUGUAUCCUCAGAGAAGGCUGUACUGGUCUGUGGAACUGUCCCCCUUUAGCUUCGGAAGGUGAAACAGAAGUUAGAAGAGAACCUGCUGACACGUGCAGAAGGCCAAAGUAGCCAGCAUCUCUAUCUGCAUCAUGAAAGGAGCUGAAAAUGUAGAGAGGUGACAAGCUGGACGUGUCUUGGCUCAGGACGUCUGGAUUCUGCAAAGCCAGCUCUUCUCAGGUUUCUGACCGAAGGGCCUGGGAGCUCCCUCCACUGGCGCUGUGGGAAGCUUUAGCCAAUCCAAUGCACCCUGACAACAAACUGCCCAGCCAUGGCAAGGCAGGCAGCAGCGGUGCCCCGGCCCAGCACCACAACGUGAGCCAAGCACCCACCUGCAACCUGGGCUCUAAGGGUGUGGGGGCGGGCAGCCAUGGCAGCAAGGCCACUCAGAUCUCCCCUGGCAACUCUGGACUGAAAAACAGCCAGAACACUGUCCCAAACUUCAGCUCCUUGAAGGGCAAGGUGAAACGGGAACGAAGCAUCUCGGUGGACUCCGGAGAACAGCGAGAAGCCAGCACCCCUUCACAGGACGCAGAAUCAAAAGGUGAGGUGGCUCCUCGUAGCAAGCGACGGUGUGUGCUGGAAAGGAAGCAACCAUACAGUGGGGACGAAUGGUGCUCUGGGCCAGACAGCGAGGAAGACGACAAGCCCAUCAGCAGUGCACACAAUUGUAAUGUAGCAGAUCCUGCGAUGUCCACGGCCUCACAGCUUGGCCCAGGGUCCAACCCGCUGCCGAACCUGAAUGAGACCAGUUCCUCCAGCGUGCCUCAUGGUGCUGCCGCCGGCUUACGGUCAGAUGCUGCAGGAGGUGGAGGCGGCGGAACAGGAAAGCAGCCUUCGCAGUUCGUUUACGUCUUUACAACGCACCUUGCUAACACAGCUGCAGAAGCUGUGCUGCAGGGCCGAGCUGACUCCAUUCUGGCCUACCAUCAGCAGAACGUCCCGCGGGCAAAGCUAGACCAGGUGCCAGCUCCUAAAGUGCUGGGGGUCGCUGAGCCGCUUCCGAUUAACCCUCCUGCUGCCAACACUCCACAGUCCCAGCCACCGGCCCCUCAAGCGAGUCAGCCACAGCCGCAGCCUCCCCCGCCGCAGCCUCCACCCCCACCUCAGACCAUCAGUCAAACACCUUUGCCUGCGCCCAGCAGCCUGCCCCAGGAAGGGACAAGUGAAGAUGUCCGGAGAGAUCUGACUCCCAACUCUUUGGGGAACAACAGCGGCAGCAACCAGCCUGGAAGUAACCACCCAAAUACGCCCACCGCAUCUGCCAACACCAUGCAGCCUGGGCAAGUGGACUCUUCUGCCACGUCCAGCUCCAGCCUCCUCACGGAGGGCCCGGGCCCAGGGAUGCCGGGGAACGGGCAGGCAGGCCUGGGCCCCAGGAACCCCAUGAACUCAGAAGGGCUCUCGAAGGAGCAGCUGGAGCACCGAGAGCGCUCUCUGCAGACCCUGCGGGACAUUGAGCGUCUGCUGCUGCGCAGCGGGGAGGCCGAGCCCUUCAUGAAGUCCAGCCAAAACGCAGGUGAGAGCGGGACUGCCCCUCAGCCGCAGGCUCCCCCUGCCCAGCCCCCCGUGCCCCCCACCAGCAUGAAGAAGUAUGAAGAGCCUCUGCAGUCCAUGAUCUCCCAGACCCAGAGUCUUGGUGGGCCCAGCCUGGAACAUGAGGUGCCCCACCACCCAGGUGCUGACAUGGGGCAGCAGAUGAACAUGAUGAUGCAGCGGCUGAACCAGGACAGCCUGACACCGGAGCAAGUGGCCUGGAGGAAGUUGCAGGAAGAGUACUAUGAGGAAAAGCGACGGAAAGAGGAGCAGAUCAGCAUCCAUGGCCGGCCCAUGCAGGAGAUCAUGAUCCCGCAGUCGAUGGGGAGCAUGAUGAUGCGUGGGCCCCCACCACCCUACCACAGCAAGCCUGGAGAGCAGUGGCCGCCAGGGAUGGGCAGCCAGCUGCGGGGACCCAUAGACGUGCAGGACCCUAUGCAGCUGCGGGGAGGGCCACCCUUCCCAGGGCCGCGGUUCCCUGGGAAUCAAAUGCAGAGAGUCUCUGGCUUCGGAGGGAUGCAGAACAUGCCCUUGGAUGCUCUUGGGCCCAUGAAUGCCAUGCAGAGGCCAGUCAGGCCUGGCAUGGGAUGGAGCGACGAUAUGCCUCCUAUGGGAGGCCCUGGGAACUUUCCGCAAGGCACCCUGCCCUACCCAUCAGGGCAAGGGGACCCCGAAAGGUUCAUGAAUCCCCGUGCCAGGGAGGAGAUCCUGCGGCAUCAGCUGAUGGAGAAACGUCCAGUGGCAAUGCAGAGGCCCAUGGGGAUGUCCGGCAACUCCAUGAGCCAGGGCAUGGAAAUGGAGAGGAUGUUACAGGCUCACAGGCAGAUGGAUCCAUCCAUGUUUGCUGGGCAGAUAACGGGGGACAGCCUGAGCAGUGGCCCGAUGGGAAUGGAUUUUGCAGGCACUCGGGGGAUGCUGAGCCCCCCUAUGAGUCAGUCGGGCCUUCGGGACAUGGACGCACCUAUGGGCCCUGGCAACCUCAACAUGAACAUGAAUGUCAACAUGAACAUGAACAUGAACCUCAAUGUCCAGAUGACCCCGCAGCAGCAGAUGAUGAUGUCGCAGAAGAUGAGGGGCCCUGAUAUGAUGGCCCACCAGGGCGUGAGCCCUGAGGAGCUGGCCAGGGCGAGGGCUCAGAAUGGCAAUGGCAGUGCAAUGCUGGGGGGACCCCAGAAAAUGAUGAUUCCCUCCCAGUUCCCCAACCAAGGACAGCAAGGCUUCUCGAGCGGGCAAGGGCCUUACCCCAACAUGCCCCAGGAGAUGGGCAGCAGCUCGGACAUGUUCAGCCCUGAGCAGGGCACCAUGCCUGUUGGGAGCAUCAGUGGCACCACCAGGCUCAGCCACAUCCCUCUGCCUCCGGCCUCCAAUCCCACUCCCACGCAAGGGAGCAACCUGGCCAACAUGCACCCAGCACCUUCCCGGGGGCUGGGCCGCCGGCCCUCUGACCUCACCAUCAACAUCAGCCAGAUGAACUCCCCCAGCAUGGGUCACCUCAAGUCUCCCACCCUCAGCCAGGUGCACUCGCCACUGGUCACCUCCCCCUCUGCCAACCUCAAGUCCCCACAGACGCCCUCGCAGAUGGUCAGCAUGCCACCUUCAAACCAGUCUGGACCCCUCAAGUCCCCCCAGGUGAUGAGCUCCUCGCUUAACGUCCGGUCUCCAACUGGCUCACCAAGCCGCCUGAAGUCCCCUUCUAUGGCUGUUCCUUCCCCCAGCUGGGUGCCGUCUCCCAAAGCCACCAUGCCCAGCCCAGGAGUCAACCAGAGCAAGCAGACUCUCAGCAUGAACUCGUCUGCUUCCAUGGGAGGACUGGAUCAGGGUUCUCUCCCUUCUGGGCCUCGGAGCAGCUCUUCCGCACCAGCCAGUAACACCUCUAGCACCAUGAAUCCCAACAUGCCUUUUACUUCCUCUCCAGAUCCAUCCCCCUCCCAGAACCCCCUCUCGCUGAUGAUGUCCCAGAUGUCCAAGUAUGCCAUGCCCAGCUCCACACCGCUUUACCACAAUGCCAUCAAAACCAUCGCCACCUCUGACGAUGAGCUGCUGCCAGACAGGCCUAUGCUCCCGCCUGGAAGCAUGUCAGGCGUGACAGGGAACCAGCCGAAUCAACUGCACUUGAACUCUGUGGGACCUGGAUCUUCUCAGAGCCCCAUGGGAAUGAACCUGCCUGGUCAGCAACCCCUCUCCCACGAACCACCCCCCACCUCCAUGAUGUCCUCCCCGAACCCUCUAGGCUCCAACAUUCCUAUGCACCCGAGUGUGCCAGGGGCGGGUGUGCCCCCCCAGAACCCCAUGAUGCUGCCCCCAGGGCCCCAGGACUCGUUGAACCAGCAGUGCGGCCCCGUGCCCAACAGUUCGCAGAUGAUUCCUUCCAACCAGCUCGUGUUCCCCCGCAUGCAGCAGCCCCACAACGCCAUGCCGUCUCCUGCCGGAGGCAUGCCCAUGGCCCCCGGUGGGGGAGGUGGCCCUGGGAUGCAGCAGCAUUACCCACCGGGAAUGCCCUUGCCGCCUGAGGACCUUCCCUCCCAGCAGCCCGGCCAGAUACCCCCUCAGCAGCACAUGAUGGGCAAGAACAUCCCACCUCGGAUCGGCGAGCCCUACCCACCCGUGCUUCCCGGGGUGGCGUCGGUGCUGAACGACCCCGAGCUCAGUGAGGUCAUCCGCCCCACGCCCACGGGUAUCCCUGAGUUUGACCUGUCCAGGAUCAUCCCGUCGGAGAAGCCAAGCAGCACCUUGCAGUAUUUCCCCAAGAGUGACAGCCAAGCGCCCAAAUCGCAGCCUUCCAACCUCCACCUCAUGAACCUGCAGAACAUGAUGGCUGACCAGCCCCCGGUGCGGCCAGGUAUGAAUGCCCCCAGCCUCCCCGGGCAGCAGGGCGUGCAGAGGGGACUCAGCAUGCCCAUGUGCCAUCCCGGACAAGUGCCCAUGCUGGGCAGGACAGGCAUACCGCCCCAGCAAGGCAUGAUGGGCAACAGCAUGCACCAGGGCAUGAUGUCUCCACAGCAGAGCCUGAUGGCCCAGCAGAAUUUCAUGCUGAUGCAGGCCAAGCAGAGGAGCAUGUCUGUGUCGGGGGAGAUGUAUGCCCAGACAGGACACAUGAUGUCACCUCAGGGCUCUCUCAUGGGGCCCCCGCCUCAGCAGAACCUCAUGGUCACACACCAGAUGAGGCAGAGGAGUGUCUCCCUGGACAGCCAGAUGAGUUACAUCCCUGGGCCUGGGAACAUGGCGAACCUGCCUUUCUAACCCCGGCUGGUGCUCAGGGGUGGGGAGGGGAUGGGGCUGCCUGUACAAACAUUUUUAAACCUUUCUUCGGGGGAGGGUUGGGGGCCAACGCCGGUGGAGGACACCACGGGGGAUGCUUUCCAUAUCGGAUUCGCCUCUACACAGAAAACCAGAUGUGCAGUAAACUUGAUGUGAAUUGGGUUUCUUUUUUCUUUCUUUUUUGGGGGAAGGGGAGGGUGGAGGGGCUGGGAGUGGGGCUGUUACUUUGAACCCUGCGUGGUGACCAGGGACAUCCAGACCCUGCGGCAGUUUGUAAAGUUUUCAUUUAUGGUUUUCCUCCGUCAAGUGUUUUUCUUUCCCUUUUUUGUCCUCUCUUUUCCUUUUUCUUUUUUUUUUUUUCUUUUUCUUUUUAAGCAACCAAAAUGUGCAAGAGGGUUUUUGGAACUAGCUGUAAAUAGGUCGCUGGGAAAGGCAAAACUUGUGCUGGUUUUUAAUUGUUCUGUAUUUCUGUGUUUUAAUAGAAGCCUCAAAACAUGUUUUAAAAAAACAGAAACAAAAAACAUGCUAAAGGCAACAGUGUACAAGGAUUGAAAACUCUCCUUGGGGGAGGCAGGAGGAUCCCCCAGGGUGCACAGGGCAUUGAGAGAUCCCAUUGUAGAGUGACUCUGUGUCAAACCUGUGUUGUUCACGCGUCUGAACGGUUUGCAUGUGCGGGGUGUAUAGUUUCACGCAGAUCUUAGGCCCCUGUGGAGGCUGUGCCGAGUACACGAACACAACCAACGACCGAGGACCAUCGGGGAGGUCAGAGCUGUGGUCCCAGUGAAACGCUGCCGGAGCAGUCCUCGUCCGGCAGGGCAGGGGCCACAGCUUCACAGGAUACAGCUGUCGCUGCUCCGUGGUGAAGCUGCCGUGGCUGGGACUGGGAGGAUGCCGGCCCUUCGGCUGGAGAAGCGGCGAGGAUCUGGGCUUCGCAGAUGAUAAUAUGCUGGACCCGAAGGUCUUGACCAGCCGUGUCACCUCUAGUCCCUUCCCUUCACGCUGUAUCCCCUGUGGGCAGGGUAGUGCAGUGUGGAGGGGUAGAUGGGCUCCGAGAAGAGCGAGGCAAUGCAUUCCUGUGCUUCUGGGAGAGGCUACCUGGGAACCCUGCUCUUUUGCAGCCUUCCUACACCAGUCUUUUACCCAUCCAUCACCCUCCGCAACUGUGCCGCACCCCCUCUACCUCUGCCGUUGAACGCUCUCCCAGGUCUUCCUCACGCUUGUUGGUCCUCCUUCUCCGGAGUUUCACAGGCAGCCUUUGCUCCAUCUAGCCCUGAGCUACUGGCAGCAGCCCUGCCCUACUGCACAACAGAGGUCCGGCCGCUGAAGAGGACCUGUCCCUGCGUGCGAUACUCCACCUCGGUAUAAGAGUUGUCUUGUAUGGUGUCAGCGGUGUGGCCAUCCUGUGCUUUGGACAGAAGAGGCUGAGGUUGUGUUGCAGCCCCUCAUUCCUAGGCUGGCAGAAGCAUGCAGUUCGAACAUCUCGGGCUUUUCUGGAUGCGCUCCACCCUCCCCAUCCUCCACUCUGUAAGGUCUUCCUGCACGCGGUGCUGAUGGGUCUUUCCUGUGUUUGUUCACAGAGGGGACUGUGGGGUGACGCGCAUGCACUUCCGCACACACCGCAGUUUCUCUGGACCUCCGCGGGAACCGCAUUCCAGCAUGGUGUACCCUAUGGGUAUCCAACGGUGAACUCGGGGCAUGCGAUUGCCGGAGGAACACCAGUUGGAGGAUUAUCUCUGCAGAGCCAGACUUAGCAUACUACCUCUCUUCUAACAGAGCUCACCUUUCCCUACUUGCUACUGCAGGGAGGAGAGGGCUUUCGGAAAGGGAGAUUGUCAAGUAGCGAGCGAACAGCAACGCUUUUUAUCACGUUGCAAGCUCUUCGGAAAGGCCAGUGGGUGCUGAAAUGUCAGCCCAGCAGCUGCCUUGAUCCAAUCUGUGAGAAGGUGGAGCCACAAAGUCCGGUUAGGAAUACCUUGAAGCUUUGGGGCGUUUUGUAGUGAGCAGUACUGGGCAGGAAGCAUGGGUCUGAAUUCGAGGAAGGAUUUCACUCUGGUCUCCUGCUUUGUGUGGUUUUGUUGCAUACGAUGUGAGCGAGCAGCAUUUUCGGAGAUGGCAAAACAGGACUGAUCCUGGGAAGUGUUCAUCCCUGCCUUGGCAGUUGGAGCAGAGGAAUAAUCUUCAGCCCAGGCUAACGAAGAGUGCUUUGGAUCUGACGUGUUAGCUGGUUGGAUUCUCCAUCCUUUCAGAGUGUGCGUUUCACGUGGGAGGAUGUGGCUUGAACAGAUGUAGCUCUUUCUAAGCUUGACUUGCCUGAAAGGCUGUGGCUUCUCUUGGCUGCACUUCGGGGUGUUGGCUGCUGGCAGUUUCUUGUAAACAUCCAAAUACCAAUGCCAGCCCCAAACCUUGCUCAUCACCCACCAGCUAGUCUCGGUUAAUUUGAAGCCAUAAUAUUUUCUAUACGGAAGUUUUUUUGUUUGUCUGUAGACAGCUGUUGUUUUAGCCCAGUUGAGACCUUCACGUGUCUGUACCUUCCCUGUUAUCCCUUUUGCCCAGCCCGACUGAGGGCUUGCCUGGGGCUUGCAGUCCUCGCUCUGUCGGCAGCACGUUUGUCCCUGUGUCAGCCGGAGCCCGCUGGCUGCAGCGCACCGCAGUGCAGUGCUGGGGAAGUUGGCGCUGCCCGCUCGCAGGGACAGGGCAGCGCAAUGCUAUUUCUGCCUGGUGGCAGGAGGAAGACCUGUCCUUUGGUGACAAAUGAGUAAGAAGUAAAGCCUUUUGCCUCAGCAGCCCUGGAUACAAAAGGGAAAUCCUGACCCUAGGUCAGAGCUAGGGACUUUGGAGCAACGGUUGGCGCUCUUCCGCAAAAUCCCACCUCCCUGGAGCCAGCCCUACCCCUACCACUGCGAUGCCUGACCAACAGGGAGAAGUAGUGCUGCCUAACACCCCUCUGCCCUGGGCGCAGCUCCCAACCGUGUCCGCCAACAGCAAUAUGGCAGGAGCUUCUCUGGAAGCUCAGUAACAGCCAGUCCUUGUUAGACCUGGGCAGGGUUUGCCAUCAGCUGGUUGCCCACUGCCGUGAGCUGUGUCUAGUCUCGUGUCUUGUAGUUUAUUGCUCGGCUUCUCAGCUUGAGUUCUGUGUACUGACUCCACCUAAUCACAGUAAAAGGUUUGCCCAUGUUUUAGCCAUGACUUCGCCAUGUUUUUCCAGCUCCAAAAAAGCGAACGCUGGGAAACUGCAUCUUUCAGUAUGUCAGAUAAUCACACACCUGGAAUUAGCUUUCACGUUGAGGUAAUGGUGACUGACCUGUUCUCUGUCAUCCCAUGGAGAAACUUCCCCAGUCAUUUUGUACCAUUAUAUAAAUAUAUAUAUAAAUAUAAAUAUAUAAAUACAAUAUGUGAAGACAUCUUAUUGGUUUUUAUUUGAAACAAUUUUUAGGCUUGUUUUUGGGUAUCUGUGCUGCCUGUAAUGUAUUGACCUGUUUUAUAGGUGCCUUUUUAUUAAAAAGACAAAUUUCAAAACCUGA